UUUCAUGGUCAAAGUAGAGGAAGAAGAGAAGGACAAAGCUCUUGUAGUUAAAGAAGAAGAAGAGGAGGUUGGUUUUACGGUCAAAAAAGAAGAAGAAGCUAUAGAGGUUUUUAUUUUUUCUGACGGAAACUGCAACCAGUGGCCUGUCAGUGGGAAGAGUCCCUCCGUAUCAGAAGAACCUCAACAAAAACAGACGCGACCAAAGAAACAACCAAAAAAGACCCAGGAACCACACCACUCCCCUCUGUACUGCCCCGACUGUGGGAUGAGUUUUGUCAGCCCUGGGAUACUGAACGCGCACCGCAGAAUCCACCAGCCCAGAAUAAUCCACACCACCACCACCACCACCGGUGAGCCGUCUCACUACUGCCAUGACUGCGGCAAGACCUUCGACACCGCCCGCUACCUCAAAAAGCACAGCUUGGUUCACACAGCAGAGAGGACGCACCACUGUUCCCAGUGCGACCGGAGCUUCCUGAGACUCCAGCACCUCAAAGAGCACCAGAGAACCCACAGCGGAGAGAAGCCUCACUACUGCUCCGCGUGUGGGAAGGGCUUCACCAAGGUUCGACUGCUCCGAACACACCAGCGGCUGCAUGCCGUGGAGGGGGCCGACGUCGUCGGGGAUGUGUCGGAGACGGGGAUGAAGGAAGGUAGUGGGGUGGUGAUGUCAGCGAUGGGGCGGAAGAGAGCACUGAGAGUUCUGGCCGGAGUGGACUACUACUACUGCUCUGAGUGUGGGAAGAGCUUCUCCAGUGCGGCCUAUCUUAAGGUGCAUCAGAAGGCUCACACAGGAGACAAACCAUACCAGUGUGCUCACUGUAAGAAAUCAUUCAGCACGUCGUGGGGUUUAAAGGUUCACCGGCAGAAUCGCUCUGGAGAGAAGCCCUACCAGUGCGCCGACUGUGGGAAGAGGUUCUCGGACCUGCGCAGCCACAAAGCCCACCGGAGCACCCACACUGGAGAGAAACCAUACACAUGCCCUGUCUGUGGAAAAGGCUUUGCCUGGCUAAAGAGCCUACAGAAACACCAGGCCACACACAGCAGCAGCAGUGGUGGUGGAGUCAUAGAAGUACAUAUAGAAUAAUGUAGGAUAUCCUGGAGGGUUUCACUCCAACCCCAAUCCAGCAGGGUAGUUACAACUACGGGAUAGGAGGGUAGCUCUCCAGGAACAGGGUUAUAGGAGGGUAGCUCUCCAGGAACAGGGUUAUAGGAGGGUAGCUCUCCAGGAACAGGGUUAUAUAGGAGGGUAGCUC